AUGCGAAGUAUAGUAGAAGACCUCCUCAUUCUUGUAGCAGUUACUGAGGCAAUAUUGGGGCUUUUAGGGAAUGGAUUCAUUGGACUUGUAAACUGCACUGACUGUGUGAAAAACAAGAAAUUCUCUACUAUCAGCUUUAUUCUCACUGGCUUAGCUACUUCCAGGCUUUGUCUGAUAUGAAUCAUAAUUACAGAUGGAUUUGUAAAGCUAUUCUCUCCAGAUAUGCAUUUCUCUGGUAACUUAAUUGGCUACAUUAGUUACUCAUGGAUAAUUGUGAAUCAAUCAAGUAUCUGGUUUGCCACCAGCCUCAGCAUCUUCUGUUUCCUGAAGAUAGCCAAUUUUUCCCACCACAUUUUUCUCUGGUUGAAGGGUAGAAUCAAUAGGGUUCUUCUCGUUCUGAUGGGAUUCUUUUUUAUUUCAUGGUUACUUACUUUUUCUCAAGCUGCGAAGUUUCUUAGUGGUAAUAGAAUGAAGAAUAGAAGCAGCAUCUGGUCAGUGGACACGCAUAAAGGUGAAUACAUUACAAACCAGAUUUUGCUCCAUCUGGGAGUCAUUCUCCUCUUUAUACUAUGCCUGGUUACAUGUUUCUUAUUGAUCAUUUCCCUUUGGAGGCACAACAGGAGAAUGAGAUCGAAUGCCACAGGAUUCAGAGAUGCCAGCUGAGAAGCACAUAUCAAAGCAAUGAAAGUCUUGGUAUCUUUUAUCAUCCGCUUUAUCUUGUAUUUUAUAGGCGUUGCCAUAGAAGUAUCAUGUUCUACUGUGCCAGAAAACAAACUGCUGUUUACUUUUGGUAUGACAACCACAGUCCUCUAUCUCUGGGCUCACUCAUUUAUCUUAAUUCUAGGAAACAGCAAGCUAAAGCAAGCCUCUUUGAGAGUCCUGAAACAAUUAAAGUGCUGA